AUGCCGCUGAGAUUCCCGAAGACGGUUACUGUUGAUGGCGGCUGGUCUGACUGGAGCCCAUGGUCUGACUGCAGCGUGACGUGUGGAGUCGGUACGCAGACUCGGGACCGAAGCUGCACCAAUCCGGAACCAGAGCACGGCGGGGCGGAGUGUGAUGGAGAUACUCAGGAGACACAACAGUGCGACACGGGAGUUUUCUGUCCAGUUGAUGGCGGCUUGUCUGACUGGAGCGCAUGGUCUGGCUGCAGCGUGACGUGUGGAGUCGGUACGCAGACAAGGCACCGAAGCUGCACCAAUCCCGCACCAGCUCACGGCGGGGCGGGGUGUCAUGGAUAUACUGACGGAACACAACAAUGCAACACGGGAGUUUCCUGUCCAGUCAUCCGUCUCGUGGGUGGAAGUUCGUCCAGAGAGGGCAGGGUGGAAGUGUAUCGUAGUGGACAGUGGGGGACCGUCUGUGACGACGAUUUUGACAUAAACGACGCCAACGUGAUCUGCCGUCAGUUGGGAUACGGCAGCGCUAUCGACGCCCGAUCUCAAGCAGCCUUCGGGGCGGGGUCAGGCCAGAUCUGGCUGGACAACUUGGCCUGCGGAGGUACCGAGGCACGCGUCGAACACUGCAGCCACAACGGAUGGGGCUCACAUAACUGUGGGCACGGUGAGGACGCUGGCGUGGUAUGCUCGGAUGGAGAAUGCCAGACGGGAAAUGGAGCGUCCUACCGAGGAACAGUCUCUGUGACCCCAACAGGCAAGACGUGCCAACGCUGGGACAGCCAGACACCUCAUGUACACAGCAGGACACCUGGGAAUUACCGGUCCUCCGGACUGGAGCAGAACUACUGCCGGAAUCCUGACGGCUCACGCGGAGUUUGGUGCUACACCACGGAUCUCUUCACAAGAUUUGAGUAUUGCGACAUACCAACAUGUGGCAUCCGACUUGUCAGUGGAAGUUCGCCCAGAGAGGGCAGGGUGGAGGUGUAUCAUGGCGGACAGUGGGGGACCGUCUGUGACGACGAUUUUGACAUGAACGACGCCCGCGUGAUCUGCCGUCAACUGAGACAAGGAAGCGCUGCCCAGGCCCGAUCUUACGCAGCUUUCGGGGCGGGGUCAGGUCAGAUCUGGCUGGACAACUUGGCCUGCAGGGGUUCCGAGACAAUCGUCGGUGACUGUCGCCACAACGGAUGGGGCUCACACAACUGUGGGCACGGUGAGGACGCUGGUGUGGUCUGCUCGGGCGACAUCCGACUCGUGGGUGGAAGUUCGUCCAGGGAAGGCAGGGUUGAAGUGUACCAUAACGGACAGUGGGGGACCGUCUGUGACGACGCUUUUGACCUGAACGACGCCCACGUGAUCUGCCGUCAACUGGGAUACGGAGGCGCUACCCAGGCCCGAUCCUACGCAGCCUUCGGGGCGGGAUCCGGCCAGAUCUGGCUGGACAAUGUGGAAUGCGGGGGUUCCGAGAGAAACAUCGAACAUUGCAGGCACAACGGAUGGGGCUCACAUAACUGUGGGCACGGUGAGGACGCUGGCGUGGUCUGCUAGGACGCAAGGGGAUAGCGGCAGACUGGAUUCUGUCUCCGCUGUUCAUCGGUUCUACGGUGGCCAAGAAGAGUACUUGCUUUUUUUUGGAGGUUUACAAAUUUUUGGUGUUUUUCUUAAUUAAGGUUCUAUAACUCCGGGACGGAGGGUAACCUCCGACGGAGUACUGUAGUUGGGUGAUGUGACAAUUGUUUGGAGCUGUAUCUCUACGUUCCCUUUGUUGCAUGCAUUUGUUUGGUGUCAUGUCGUGUGCUCGUAGCUGUCUGAUGGAGAAUCGAUCAGCUGUUGCUCCAGUUGAAAUUCCAAGCAGAUGUUAUGUGGCGACCAUCAUUUACUACAUUGGAUACUAUAGACAUAAUGUUAUGAUAAAGUACCACAUGUCCUUGAAUGAAAACACUGUUAGAUCCAAAGGAUCAAUGAGCGCAAAUCUAAAGGGGAUCAAUUACUGAUAUGAACAGAUAGCUGAUGGUGUUAAACAGAGUGUAUUAUUGGAAGUAAGCUAUUUUUUUUUGCAUGUUGAUGAUUCUUGAGUGUUAUUCAUACAUUGCCCUUAUAAGCUAAUAACAGUAACGUUAAGAACCCCCGUUACUCGUUUUCUGAUGGUCUCUGUCUACGCGGCUUGCCAUAGUUGGAUAUUGCCAAGCAGAUGCUGUGUUAAGGUCUCAUUGAUGUAUUACUCCGAGUGUGUAAGAGAUCCGAACCAAAAAAUAAACGGCUGCAUGGAUG